UCAUCUUUUGUUUUCAAAUAUACAUCGAGUUCGCCGGUUGGGUUGUUCCUCGUCGUACCCUUGUGCCUAUAGCACUUGGGAAGAAGAUUACAUACGAUAAUUACGAUAAUUAUACACGAGCGAUCUGUAGGUGAAUUUGCGAAAACUCAGUUGUAUGUGUUACACAUAAUCGCAAAAUGUCCAAUAUAUUUAAAUUAUUGGGCGAAAUCGCCGAACCUGACAGAAGUCAAGCAAUGAAUCCUAUUUUAAGAUCUAAAACAUUUCAUGAAAUUAAACUGAAUAAAGGCAUGGGAGGUACAAAACCAAAAGGGUUAUCAAUAAGAUCCAACUCUGAUAUGAAUAUAUCUCACAGCCCACAUCUUGGCAGUGCAAAGAAAAACAUAUAUGAUAACAAAGAACAGGACUGUAUGAAGCUGAAAGUAACACAACUAGACAAUCGCGGAUGUCCUGUAUCUCCAGGAAGGAAAACACUUGGAAAGAAGCUAACUUCGCAACCAGUUAAAUUCAAAGAGUCUUUGAAAGAAGGAACACCGAUUAUGAAAGAUACAAAAUCGCAAAAGACAUUGAAUGAUGGCAUUUUUAAGAAGCCAUCGCUGCCUAAAAAGAAUGUUAAAAAGUUCCGUGAACCAGAAAAGUUAGCAUAUUGGUAUGAUGCUCAAGAAGAAUUUGAUCAUGGCUACAUUGAAACUAUAGAAAAGGAGUUUAAAAAUUUGCUCUCCAAAGAGAAAGAGAAUAUAAAACCCAACAAAAAGGAAAAGCUUGUAUCAGAUCCAGAAAUGUUGGUUUUUUCAAAUAUUCCAAAACUUGUUCUCGAUAAAUCUUUCGAGGAUUAUAAAAAAUUAUCACCUGUUGACCUACCAGAAAUGUCUGACUUAUCUGAUAUCGACAACUUAUAGUUAUAAAAUAAUCGUCUUAAAGUUAAAUCAAUAUUAUAGUAACUUAUUUCUUUUAAUUUAAUACAUAUUUUUAUAUAUACUAAUAUAAUUAGACUUAUAAUAGCACCUGUGUGCAUAAUGUGUUAUUUCCGCAUAAUUAAAAAAAAUUGAAAC